AUGUCAAAGCGAGCGGCAGGGGGGCGGGGGAAGGGGGAGCGACUUGACGCCAUGGCAACCCUUCAGGCAGCAAACGAAGAGCUGAGAGCCAAACUGACCGACAUCCAGAUAGAACUACAACAGGAGAAGAACAAGGUGAGUCGUCUGGAGAGAGAGAAGAGUCAGGAACUGAGAGCCGAACAUCACCGGGCAACGGUUGCCGUGACGGAGCUAAAGACCAAACUUCACGAGGAGAAGCAGAAGGAGCUCGCUAUUACCAGGGAGACGUUACUACGGCAACAUGAAAUGGAGCUAAUGAGGGUCAUCAAAAUCAAAGACGGAGAGAUUCAGCGUCUGAACGGACUGGUGCUAACGCUGCGGGAUGGAUCCGCCGACAAGGUCCGGAGCGCUCUGAUGGCCGACGUGGAGGAGACGAAGAGGAGCUGGGAGGCGGAGCGAUGUCGCCUCCAGCAGGAAGUCCACGAGCUGCGAGGAGCGAAGAGGGCGGCGGACGAGAUGCUGGCAUCGGCUCAGCAGGCCUCCCAGGCCAGAGCAGCCGAGCUCCGAUCAGCUCAUCACCAGCACCAAGAGGAGCUCAACAGAACCAAGAGAGACUGUGAGAGGGAGAUCCGCCGACUGAUGGAUGAGAUAAAGCUGAAGGACAGAGCGGUCAGUGUGUUGGAUAAAGCGUUGGGGCUUCAGGCCGGCCACGCUCACCGCCUGCAGCUGCAGACUCAGGCUGCCGAGCAGCAAAUCGCAGCCCUGAGAGACGCACAGAGGGCGGGGCUAAACCCUGGCCACGCCCCUAACUCCACCCCUAACACUGCUCCUCAUAUUGUAAGCUCCGAGCAAACAGGAAGUAGUGCACAGACUCAGGAGGAUCGGGACACUCGGAGGUUUCAGUUGAAGAUCGCUGAGCUCAGCUCCGUCGUCAGGAAGCUGGAGGAUAGAAACGCUCUGCUGUCUGAAGAACGCAACGAACUGCUGAAGAGGCUGAGGGAGGCAGAGAGUCAGUUUCUUCCUCUCCUGGAUAAGAACAAGCGUCUGAGCAGGAAGAAUGAAGAGCUGGCCCUCGCUCUGCGUCGCCUCGACAACAAGCUCCGCUUCGUCACCCAGGAGAACAUGGAGAUGGUAACUAUGAGGAGACCCAGCUCGCUGAAUGACCUGGACCGCAGCCACUCCAGCAGUUACCAUGGUUACAGCCAAGAGGACCGAGAGAUGGAGUUCCUACGACUUCAAGUUCUGGAGCAGCAGCACAUCAUAGAUGACCUGUCAAAGGCUCUGGAAACAGCUGGUUAUGUAAAGAAUGUAAUAGAGAGAGACAUGUUACUGAGGUACCGACGGCAGGAGUCUGUGAGGAGGAAACGCACCUUCAGAGCCUGCAGGGUCAUAGAGACAUUUUAUGGCUACGAUGAAGAAGCAUCGGUGGACUCUGAUGGAUCGUCUUUGUCCUUUCACACCGACCGAACCCCCGACACUGAACCAGACGAGGUGUGUGUCCGUGAGGAGGCGGAGAUCCGUUACCGUCAGCUGACUCAGGAGUAUCAGGCGCUGCAGCGAGCGUACGCGCUGCUGGCGGAGACGAGCGGAGGAAACUACGACGCUGAGAAGGAGAUCAAGACCAGAGAACAGCUGCUCACUGAAAUCAGUCAAUACCAGAGCAGAGUGGAAGAUCUGGAAUCAGCACUGAAAGAACAAGGACUGGAUGUGAAGUGGGUGGAGGAGAAGCACCUGUUGUAUCAGAGGAACCAGCAGUUGGUGGAGAAGGUGAAACAGAUGGAAGGUGAAGAGCUGCGGCUGCAGAACGACAUCCAGGACGUCAGAGACCAGAACGAGCUGCUGGAGUUCAGGAUCCUGGAGCUGGAGGAGAGGGAGCGACGCUCGCCCGGCAUUAACUUCCAACAACUACAUUUCCCAGAAGGCCUCAGUCCUCUGCAGAUCUACUGUGAGGCAGAGGGAGUCACUGACAUCGUGAUCAGUGAGCUGAUGAAGAAGUUGGACAUUCUGGGAGAUAACGCCGUAAGUAAUCUGUCCAAUGAGGAGCAGGUGGUGGUGAUUCACGCCCGGACGGUGCUCACGCUGUCUGAGAAGUGGUUGGAGUCCAUUGAAGUGACGAAGUCCGCACUGCAGCAGAAGAUGUUGGACAUCGCGAGCGAGAAGGAUCUGUUCAGUAAACAGAAAGGUUACCUGGAUGAAGAGCUGGACUACAGGAAGCAGUCGAUGGAUCAGGCUCAUAAGAGGAUCCUGGAGCUGGAGGCCAUGUUGUUUGAGGCUCUGCAGCAGGAGGAGGACUCCAGGAUGGCAGGAUUAAAGAUGGAGGAGGCUCGUCUGACCGAAACACUGACGGAGGAAGAGAGGGAGGGGCUUAGGAGAGCCAUGGACCAAUGGAAAAGAAGUGUAAUGUGCGAGCUGAGAGAGAGAGAUUCCCAGAUCCUCAGAGAGAGGAUGGAGCUGCUGCAGCUCACACAGCAGAGGAACAAGGACCUGGAGGAAUUUAUAGAAGCACAGAAGCGUCAGAUCAAAGAACUGGAGGAGAAGUUUCUAUUCCUGUUUCUAUUCUUCUCUUUGGCCUUCAUCCUCUGGUCCUAA